GAAGGGCAGGUAGAGGGUGGUCUGGUGCAGUCUUCCGGUGGUGCCUCUGGUUCGAGGAUGGGUCCCGGACCUGAUUCCGGCAGUAGCGCUCCCUCUUCGGUUCCCCAGUCGCUGGUUACCUCGAGGGACGAUGAGGACGAUGAGGAUGAGGAGAGUAGUGAUAAGCGGUCUAAUUGCCACGGAGGAUCAAGAUCAAAGAGCAAUCAGCGUUGGAUGAAACUGCGCACGACUGUGCAGCUGUCAUCGGCGAUGCAGAAGAAGCCACCGUUAAAACGUGAAGACUCGUUUUUAAAAAGAUUCUCUACCCGGCCGAUUCCAGAAAGUCAGGAAACACUGGACGACACUGCCGAGUGUGAUGGGGAUGGGACAGAUAAGAAUAUGGGUAGUCGACGAGGCAGGCGACCUCGUAGGCUGCAAAAACCACCGAGAUCCGUCGUAAAUCCAGAUGAAGAUUUCUAUUACUACUGGCUGAUGCUCGUGUCAUUCUGCGUUCUUUACAAUCUAUGGACGCUAAUCGUACGCCAGAGUCUGCCGGAGCUACAGGCUUUGGCACCCGGUACUUGGUUCGCCCUCGACUGUUUUACCGAUUUUACUUUUUUUUUGGAUAUAUUAGUACAAUUUCGUACCGGUUACUUGGAGCAAGGUCUUAUGGUGUAUAACAGCCGCAAACUUGCCGGACAUUAUUUCAAGUCUAAAUUCUUUUUUUUAGAUUUGUUCUCAUUGUUACCUCUUGAUUUAUUGCAAAUAAGUUUCGGCAGUAAUCCGAUGCUACGGUUUCUUAGAUUCUUAAAACUUUAUCGUGUAUAUAACUACUACUAUAUGGUUGAGUCCCGUACAAUUUACCCGAAUUUUUGGCGCGUACUCAAUCUUAUUCACAUAUUACUUCUUCUCGCACACUGGUUUGGAUGUUUCUACUAUUUGCUGAGUGAGGCAGAGAGUUUCCAGGGGGACUGGGUAUAUCCCCAUCGGCCCGGGGAGUACGCCACUCUAACGAGAAAAUAUCUCGGUUCCGUGUAUUGGUCCACUUUAACGUUGACGACAAUCGGGGAUUUGCCGACGCCGGAGACCAACGCUGAAAUCACGGGCCACAAUCCCCGGAGGCUCGCUCGUCGCGGCCGACUGUCCAGGCUUCUGCAGUUCAAGCAUAACGGAGGAUACGUAUUCACGAUAGUCAGCUACUUGAUUGGCGUCUUCAUAUUCGCGACGAUCGUCGGGCAGGUUGGCAACGUCAUCACAAACAGGAAUGCGAACCGUCUUGAAUUUGAAAGGCUUCUGGAUGGCGCCAAGACCUACAUGAGACAUCACAAGGUGCCGGGUGGUAUGAAACGACGGGUGCUUAGAUGGUACGACUACAGCUGGUCGCGCGGCCGGAUACAGGGCGGGGGUGACAUUAAUACCGCUCUCGGUCUACUCCCGGACAAGCUCAAGACCGAAUUGGCGUUGCACGUGAACCUCACGGUGCUGAAGAAGGUCACUAUUUUCCAGGAAUGUCAACCAGAAUUUCUGCGUGAUCUCGUUCUGAAGAUGAAGGCCUACAUAUUCACUCCCGGCGAUUCAAUAUGUCGAAAGGGCGAGGUUGCUCGUGAGAUGUUCAUAAUAGCCGACGGUAUACUGGAAGUGAUCAGCGAAAACGGUAGAAUACUCACGACAAUGAAGGCUGGGGACUUCUUCGGCGAGAUUGGUAUACUCAAUUUGGACGGAUUGAAUAAACGCACAGCCGAUGUUCGUUCAGUGGGUUACUCCGAGCUGUUUAGUCUAUCGCGGGAGGACGUGCUGACGGCGAUGACGGACUAUCCGGAAGCGCAAGAAAUCUUGCAAAAUCUCGGUCGAAAGAGACUGUUGGAAGCACAGAAAUUAGUGCGGGAAUCGUUUCGAUCUGCAUCCCCCGGUCAUGACUCGUCCGACAACAGCACUGGUAAGAGGAUUGUCGAUAAGCUGAAGAGUGACGUGAAGGGUCUGAAGAACGUCCUGCGGAAGAGUAGGCGCAACACUCGGCCGGAAGAAAGCCUGGAGCUUCAGCCAUUGGCGCCGAAGGUGCCAACGCUGAAACGGCAGCAGAAGAUCGACGACGGCCAAGACCUGUCUUUGUCUAAUACUCAGGAACAGCCGGUGUCGCCGCUGGGCGCCGGUCUUCCGCUGCUGUCCAGGCUCAGGCUGUUGAAAGAAAAGGAGGAGAGGGAGGAACGGCGUAAUUUGAUGGACACAUCGACUAAUACGGUAGAACUACAUGUACCACCAAUCUCGGAGACCUUGAACCCCACCAAUCCGAACUUGCCGUUUUUGCAGAGGAUACUUCAGCUAAAGACAAAAAACGAGCAGGAGACCACUCAAAUAGAGAGAGAAAUGCCCAAGGAAUCUCUACUGCCUAAAAGCACUAUUCCCGAGGAAACGAGCACGCAAUCGGACGAGCAAUCGUCCUCAGAUGGCCAGAGUGUCGCUAUGACUACUGUGACCACAACCUCGCAGGUUGAGACACGCACUGUGUGCAAGCUGAUCAAGCCCUGGACCAUGUUGAAAAAUGCAUCAUUGACUCCCAAGGAUAAUUCGUCGCAGAAAAGUUCACCGGCCAAAAAACUACAGCAAACUAAGAUGUAUGCUUCCGUUGAUGACCUCUCGCCAGAGUAUUGCGGUCUGCCAUUCGUUAAGAAGCUCAAAAUCCUCAACGAAAGGCAGAAGCUGGCCGAACUAGAGAAAGCGGCUAGGAGCUCAUCCCUUGAUUGCGGCGAUAACGUCGAAUCGAAGUUUGACAGCAACCUCACGAGAAGCCACUCGGAGACCUGUGCCAUCGAGUACACUAGGAAGCUGGCCAAAUAUAAUCAAGAUCGACAAGAGUCGGCGUCACCAGAGCAAUUAUCGCCAGAGAACGAAACGCUCGAGAGGCAGAAUUUGAAGAGCAUCCUGAAGAAACUAUCAGCCAGCAGUAGGGCUGACAGUUCCGAGACCUCUGCGACGAGUACGCCUGAUCGCGACGCCGAACUGAAAAAGCUGAUGAGAGCGCCGACGAUUGAGGGUUACGCCGCGCGGCACUCAAAGCUAUCCAAGAGUGUGACCUUCAACAAGUACACGCUGCAGAGCCCGCCGUCCGAGCAACUCUUACAAUCGUCAAAAUAUCGCCCGCUGUCCAGCAACCAGGAUCAGCUGUCACUGCCGCCGCCCAAUAAAUUUAGUUUCCGUCCUGUGAGCAGUGCCGGUGAUGUCUCGAUACAAACAACAUCUUGGCCGCGGGAGGAGUGCUUGGACGAAUUGCUCUAUGGGGUCGGCGAGGUCAUCAAAGCAGGCUUGGAAGAUGUGCAAGAUAAGUUCACGUCGCUAGAGCUGGAAAUACAUAAGCGUGACGAAAUAAUAUCGCAGCUACAGUCACACAUUCAGCAACUAGAGCGAAAGAAACUGCGGAGAGCAGAUGAUUCCGGUGGGGAUAGCACCGAGCACGAUGCUUCCAUGGAGGAUGACCUCGACGACGAUCGUGAGGAUCAUCCCUUCAUGCGUGAUAGCUCUGUGGACACCGUCCUCGGGUCUCGCGAUCGACACUCGUCCUCGUCCGUUGGUUCAAGCUCACGCAGCAGGCGAUCGUGGGAGGAACAUUCGGAAAGAGAAACUCUGGAACUGCAGGAGCUGCCGAACUCAAUAGUACCCCAGAAACUGUUGCGGAAGGACGUGGCGAUAGACCUUGAAUCGAACAGUGACAGCAGAUCCGAUGAAGACUUUAAUAUCGGUUUUUCCAAAAGCGAUAGCGAUGACGAGGACGAAGAAGAAGAAGAGAAUGAUGACGAAGAGGAAGAGGAUGUUGAUGAGGAUGAUGAUGAUGAUGAUGAUGAUAAGAUUACGCGGCAGGACGGCUACAAUAAUUGGGAGGUCACUCUGCUGGCGAAGCAGCUUGAGGCAAGGCAAAGAAAUGGCGAUAAUCCCAACCCGGGUUCCUAACUUAACAAGACUCUAGAAACAUCGUGUUACCUCGAAAAUACGAUACGCUCUGACGAAUGCAAUCCACUGGCUGAGUCCAGUGGUAGUGCAGCUUUUUGCGAACGCGAUUCUUACCCAAACAUAUAGUCAUAUUUCGACAGCAUGACUGGCUGCAGCGAGACUAUGAUAUAAUCUGAUCUCGCAAGGUGUUAUUGAUGUUUCUCCUCCUUCCCUAUUUUUAAUCUGUUUCGUCUAAUUUAAUUUUUAGUAUCUAUAAUAGGUCUCCAGCUCGAUGGAUUGGCGAUCCUGUAUAAUUUAUUUGUAUCGCGCAGAUAUU